AACUCGUUAGAGUUGAGUCAAACGCUCUUAAUUCGACAUAAAACAAGUUGACUCUCCUUUGUAAACAUCAUCUUCGCAUGUUGGAACCAGCUAUUCCUGGGCCUAUUUAAUUUAAAACCUCAGAGGAUGCGGCUCCGAUGAGUAGCAAGAAAGAACUAUCCAUGCAACCCCUGAAGUUGGACCCAAACCAAUUAGACACGUUCGACCCUCUUUUUUGAAACUGCAGUGAGCGCAUCUGAGACCAAUGGCAAGGACCUUUCACGCCACCUUACAGUUUCGACUUCAAACAAUCCGACACUUUCGUAACUAUCAUCUCGACAUCCCGAACUCUCGAUGGUGAAGACCAUUCAUGGCGCCUAAGGUCGACUUGAAACAAUUAGACACGUCAUAUAACUGAUCCAGCGAUUCGCGCUCCCGUUCAAAAUCGCAGGGUGUGUCGAAAAAGAUCAACAUCGACGAGGACCAUACGCGCCAUGCCACCUAACGGGACGGGAGACGCCCUCGUGAUUCCGCGCGGACCCGUGCAGAAUCAGAUUUUUUUGUCCGAUAGGUGCCUGGACCCAACGGUUCCAUGAAAUCGGGAAGAUAUUCUGCAGAAGACCUGAUAAACGUGGGGGGCCCACCUAAACCCUUCAAUGGGGCCUUCCGAUCUUCGACUAAGCCUUCUCUUUCAACUCUCCCUGCUUCUGCUGAACGACGGUUUCUUCUCCGGCCGUUGGUGAUGGAGGAAAUGGCGGAGGAGCUGAGGGUUGGCGGCCUGAAGAAGGACGGCCUCCACAAGGCGUACGAGAAGUUCGACGCUCAGGCUUCCUCGUACCUCUUCUUCGCUGCCCAGUGGAAGGAGCUCGAAGAUCACUACGACUCCAUCGCCAAGACCUUCUCCGAGUUGCUGGGGUCCCUCAGGGAGAGGGAGAGGUCCCUGGAGGUGCGCUCCCGGGAGAUCGAGUCCAGGGAGGAGGAGCUUCGCUCCGUGCGGGGGAAGAUUGAAGAAUGCAAUCGGGAAAUCGCGGUUAAGGAGGAGGAGCUGAGGUCCUUGGCGAAUGCUGCGCAGGAGCAGCUCGGAUUGGUCGAGGCGAGGUCGAGAGAUCUCGACUUGAAGUCGGAGCAGCUGGCUCUGGCUGAAGAGCGGCUCCAGAAGCUCGAGAAUGAGAUUACGAAGAAGAAGGGUCGGGUGAUCCUGAUGCGUGAUUCUCUUCAAGAGUACAAUCACGAGAUCGGGGAGAAGGCGGAGGAGCUGAGGUCGAUCAAGGAGUCGACCGAGGAACUCUGCACGAAGUCCCGGCUGAAGAAGCAGGAGCUCGAGUCGCUCGAGGCGAGGAUGGCAGCUCGUUUCAAAGAGGAUAAGGCCAUGGAAGAGAAGCGGCGAAGCCUGCAGCGUUCGGUCAAGGAGUGCUCUAUGGAACUGGAGGAUAAAGCUGAGAGCUUGAAGCUCGUGCAAGACGAACUCAACGCGUGUUCGGCCCAGCUCGAGACGAAGCAGACACAGCUCACGCUGGAGGGUCAGGUGAUCUUGAUCUUGAUGCGUAAUUCUCUCGAAGAGCAUGACCAUGUGAUUGGGGUGAAAUCAGAGGAGCUGAGAUCGAUUAUGGAGUCGACCAAGGAACUCUACGUGAGGUUAAGGCUGAAAAAGCAGGAGCUAGAAUCGCUUGAGGCGAGGAUGGCAGCUCAUUUCGAAGAGGAUAAGGCGAUGGAAGAGAAGCUGCACAACCUGCAGACUUCGAUUGAUGAGCGCUCAAGGGAGCUGGAGAAUAAAUCUGGGAGCUUCAAGCGCGUGCAAGACAAACUCAAGGCAUGUUCGGCCCUGCUUGAGAAGAAGCAGACUCAACUCAGGUUGAUGAUCAAGUCCAUUGAAGGGCUUAAAGUGGAACGCAGUAUGGCCAUGGAGAAGAGAGACCAGUGCUACCGAGACAUCGAGUCCAGGGAGCAGCGGUAUUGCGAAAUGAAGGCCGAGAUAGAAGCGUGCUCCGAGAUUCUUGCAUCAAAGGAAAAGGAGUUUGAACGGCAGCUGAAGGAUUUUAAACUGCGAGAGCAAGAACUUGUCCGAGCAUCGGCAGCAGAAGCCGGGAAGAAGAGGCUGUCUUCUUCAGGCAAUGUGAAACCUUCAGAUCGUCCCCAGAAGCUUAGACGCUCCGGAAGGCUAACUCAGUCCUCAGCACCGGCCUGCAAAGAAGAGGGUGAGUAAGAUUCCACGUGACUGACUUCGGUCUAGACGAGUCUGAUCAGCCAUUAGCAUUGCUAUGCAAAUAACUUAGGUGUGAAUAAAUAUAUGUAGAUAUCUUGCAGUUCUAACCAUUAGUACGACGCGGAUGGUAUAUUAUCAUAGGAUGUUUAGAGUAAAACCGAAGUGUGAUCUCUAGCUUAGCCUGGUAUAGAUAUGGGAUAUGUAGGUGCCGACGGUGAAUCAAAAGCGACAUAGGAUGACAGAAACAUCGACUUGCAAGUACAGUUAAUACCUUUUGUUUUUCAUCCAUGUUUCUUUUCAUGCUUGUCAAAAUCGAUCAAUUCUCUUCC